CCGUUGUGGCACGUCCCAUAAAGUGACGUUUAUCUGGAGCACUUCCGUUAGCGCGCACGUGAAAAUACUUGACAUUGCAGGACGGUGAAGAAAAUGCUUUGAUUCAUAAACAAAUAACCAUGGCCUCUACUUGUGCACAGCUGUGUCUAAGAGGCACGGGUCCUCUUUACUCUAAGACAGUGAGCAGUACCUGGCAGUAUUACACUCGGGUUCAGCAGCGGAUUAAGGUGACAAGAGCACCAACAAAAGUUAUUAGUGGAUCAUCGAUCAGGGGGAAUCACACAACAGCAACAACGCUGACAAGACUGAGGUGGAAACAACAGAUUUGCUUCUACAGUGACUCAGCAGCUAAAUAUCUGACAACUGAGGCAAAGGAAGGCACGAAUACACAAGAGCUGUCAAGAACUAAUGUUGGAGCACACAAGACCUCACUGUUGCCAACCAGAGAUGCUGCACUAACUACUGAAAAUAAUCAUAUAUCAUUAGCAGAUUUGGAUCCUGUGGCUCAGCCUUCAGCUUUAGAAGAGAUCAGUGAUGAAGAGGCCAUCAGUAUAUCUGUUCCCUCUGCCAUCCCUCCAGUCUCCACCACUCUUAGAGAUUAUGUCGAUAAGUCUGAGACACUUAGCAAGUUGGUACAACUAGGGGUGAACUUGUGGAAGCUGGAACAAAGGCCUAAUGUAGGCUCCAUGCUGCUGAGGCUCAACUUCAACACAGAUGUGGCUCCGCGGUUACUGUUUCUCAAAGACAUCGGCGUGGAGGACUCUCGCUUUGGCUAUAUUAUCUCACACAACCCCUUCAUUCUCACUGAGAGUUUGGAAAACCUACAGGCCAGGGUGAACUACCUCAAGUCAAAGAACUUCAGUUCAGAGACGGUUGCGUCCAUGGUGUCCAGAGCUCCUUAUCUGCUCAACUUCAGCGUGAAGAGGCUGGACAACAGAUUGGGUUUUUAUCAGCAGCAACUUAACCUCAGUGCUAACAAUACACGAAAUAUUGUAGCUCGUCUUCCCAGGUUACUGUGUGGCAGUUUGGAGCCCGUUAAAGAAAAUUUAAAGGUGUGUGAAAUAGAGCUUGGCUUUAAGAGAAACGAGAUCCAGCACAUAGUUCUCGCUGUGCCCAAACUUCUGACUGCCAAUAAAAGGAAGCUGACAGAGAUAUUUGACUUCAUCCACAACACCAUGAAAGUACCCCACCACCUUAUUACCAAGUUCCCACAGGUCCUCAAUUCCAAGCACUUGCGCCUCAGAGAGCGCCACCUGUUCCUCGAGUAUCUCGGAAAAGCUCAGUAUGAUCCAACCCUGCCCAACUACAUCACUCUGGACCGCUUGGUGUCUUUGCCAGAUGAGACGUUUUGCACCGAGUUGGCUUUGGCCACACUGGAAGAUUUUUAUUUAUUCCAAAAGACACUUUGAUUUUUCACCAACAGCCACAGCAGUUAUGUGCCAACAUUAAAAUAUAAACAUGGAGCAUCAAAAGAGCUUGAAAUGUACUGUUUUGUAAAUAUAAUGAUAUAUUAAAUAGUAAUCUUUAAAGUAAA